UUCUUCUCUGUGUUUGUGUACAUGGUAUUGGAAUUCAAUUUAAGGAGGUUAAGAACACCCAACUUGUAUUGGACGUCUUGUAUGACGUAGUGUUCCACUGUAGCGGGUUAAAGCUUCUGCUACUUCGUUGUUUGGCUUUUGUUAUAAAAUAUACAUAUAUAUAAAAAAUAAAAAUAAAAUUUUUGAAGCAGUAUAUCCUGUAUACUGUGUGCUGUCUAGCUCGGUUAGCUCUCUGGGUACACUACACUGGAGUUAAUAAGUAGCUGAAUGUUUGACUAAGUUAUUUAGGCUGAUAUUACUUUCAACAGGACAACGUAGAUUAUACGAAGUGAUCUGUGGAUCUUCAGCUGCUCUUUUCAGAGAGAAAGAUGACCGUAGCAGGCAUCUGGAGAGCUUACCAGGCAUUAAUGGUCAAAAAACCAUGGACUGUGCAAAUAAUAACAGCUGGCUCUCUGAUGGGAGUGGGGGAUAUCAUCUCCCAGCAACUGGUUGAAAGGCGCGGCUUGACCAAGCACAGCAUUAGACGCACCACAAAGAUGAUGAGCAUGGGCUUCUUUUUUGUUGGGCCAGUUGUUGGUGGAUGGUACAGAGUAUUAGACAGAUUUGUGAUUGGGAUGACCAAAAGUACUGCACUGAAGAAAAUGCUAAUGGACCAGGUGUGCUUUGCUCCUUGCUUUCUUGGAGCUUUUCUAGGAAUCUAUGGAGCUCUCAACGGGCUCACUGUGGACGAGAAUCUAGUUAAGCUCAAGCGGGACUAUAUGGAUGCCUUGAUUAGCAAUUACUAUUAUUUGUCUCCUUUUUUUCAGCUGUGGCCGGCUGUUCAGAUUGCCAAUUUUUAUUUCAUCCCCCUUCACCACAGAUUGGCUGUUGUGCAGAUUGUUGCUGUGGCCUGGAAUUCCUACCUCUCAUGGAAAGCCAAUAAAAUGUAGUGAAUUGUAUUGUUGCCCCACUCAUCAUACAUUUUAAUUUUAGGUAUAAAGUGUAAAAGGAAAUAGACAACCAAGUUGUGGCCAAUAUACAUAUAAUAUUGUUCCGUUACACUUGGGAGGACAGACUGUCAGUUUUAUUAUUAUUAUUAUUACUAUUAUUAUUAUUAUUACCAGUUACCAUUUUAAAUGAUAGUUUACUUUUGCCAAAAAUUUAAUUUUACUUGUAUGUCCUCACCAUCCUUCAACAAAAUAUCAUGUCAUUGUAAAUGUCCUUCAAACUUGAAGGAUAUUUACAAUGAAGACACGGUGAACACUUCCUGCCAUUCCAUGUUUUUUGCCUAUUUGAGAGAAACAGCAUUUUGUGAAUAGUCACUUCUCUGCAGGACUCAGUGAGGCAGUUGAAUUGUUAAUUUAAUGAUUUUUACUUAUGUAGGCAAUUCUAAUUGAAUUAAAAAUCUCUCUGACUAGGUUUAAUUUCACCUUUACAGGAGAGAUUUAUCAGUUUUUCCACAAGCAUAUUACUUGUGUGCAUGUAUGCGUGUGUAAAAUCAUUUGUCAGUUGGUUAGGUAUGUAUGUAUCAGUCAGGUGGUUAAGACAGAUUUCAUGGAUGUGUGUCCACUUCCAGCUUUCCUGCAGCAUUGAAGACUGCCCAAGAAGGUGCCUUGUGUCAUUACACUUAGUCUGAAUCUAUCUUGUAUGUAAUAGUUAAGGUCAUGGUCUUUACUCAAAAGUUUAGUUAUUUGACCACCUGAACUGUCACAAUUGUUGUUAUUAUGCGAAUUCCCAAACUUGACAAGUUAAGUCUACUCAAAUCAGUUAAGGAAUCUGUUGCCUUAAAGCAUUUAAGAUUAAAAUUUGAGUAUUUGAGUACAGCUAACUUACAAAGGUUUGAGUUUAUUUAACUUUUUCUUUGUGACACUUGGUUAAAUAAACAAGUUCAAAGAACUAA